AUGGGUGGCCAGCUUUCCGCCAAUUAUAACGAUGUCAAACAGAUAAGAACUGUUGGCUGCUAUAAAAUCUUCUCAGGCGUCCAUAAAACAACAAACGAACGUGUUUCUUUAUGGAUUGUCGACCAAGAUUUAUUAAAAGCCAAGUUUCCUGAUAAAUCCAUGAGGAAUACCUUUUUAGAUAAUGAAAUAGCUUCUAUACAAGCUAUCAGAAAGAUCAGACAUCCUCAUGUUAUCAAAGUUAUGGAAUAUCUCGAUAAGAAACCAGAAAUCGGUUUUGCUUCUGAAACAAUCGAUGAUAUGGACUAUCUAGAUACUAAUAAUAUGCAUCCUCUUGAUGCUUCUUACAUUUCUUACCAAAUUGCUGAAACUUUAUCUUUCAUCAACGCUGAGGCUCACGUUCUCCAUUUAGGAUUAUGUCCACAAGCCGUUAUGGUAGAUAAAGAGCUCAAUGUACAUCUUAUGAAAUUCGAAUUCGCUACUCCGAUUAUUAAUGCCGAAAAUAUUGAACCUACGCCUCAGUUAUUGGCAGAUGCAAAGUCUAAAAAUUCCAACAACUACAUCAGACCACCAGAAUUCCUCAGAAACUAUGAAUUAAGUCCAACAUCUGAUGUUUUUGUUUUUGGUCUUUUCCUUUAUAAAUGCUUUACAGGAAAAGAUCUUUAUUCAAGUGGCGACCCUCAGCAGAUCCUUAAUAAUCUCUAUUCCUACACUUCUAACAUGACAGGAGUUCCUGAAGAGUUUAAGUACAUUUUACAGCAAUGUUUGUCAGAGCAACCAGUCCAGCGCCCUGUUUUCUCACGUAUUCUUGAAGAUCCUGCGUUUAAUUCGAUGCAAAUGAAGUCUUUACGUUACAUCGACAUGAUUUUGACAAAACAACCACAAGAUAAGUUCAAAUUCUACAAAGGUCUUGGUUCAAAGAUCGAUUAUUUCUCUCCUUCAAUUCAACGCGUAAAAAUUUUACCAAAAUUACUCGAAGAAUGCAAGAACGAUGUCAGAUUCGCACCAAUUUUACUCGCAUCUAUAUUCAUGAUCUCAAAGGAUUACGAUGCUCGCGAUUUCCAAGAAAAUGUUUGGAAUAAGAUCGCCUUCUUAUCAGGCAUCCAAGAUCCACCUGAAAUUGCAAUCGCAUUACUCAGAAACAUGUGGCUUCUUCUCAAAAAACUCGAUAUCAGACUACAUAAAGACUAUGUUUACCCAGUUUUCUUCACAGCGCUUCAGAACAAGAACACGAAGGUCCACGUCGAAUGUCUUGAGAAAGUAGACCUUAUUAUUGAUGAAAUGAACGACCAAGCCAUACAAUCUACGCUUAUUCCAAGAUUAAUGGAUUUAGUUUCGAAUUCUACGGAUAUCCAUGUAUCGGCAUCAGCAUUACGUUGCAUUGCCAAGUGCUUGGAUAAGUCAGAUUCCGAAUCUUUCAUAAAUGACUAUUUCGGACGUCUUCAAGAGGUCUGGCAACGAAGAAGUAGCGAGCAAACAGCAUCAUCCAUACUAGAGAUCUGUAGAAAACUCAAAGGAUCCCCAGAUGUCAUGAUGAUCAGGGUUGUCCCACUUCUUUGCAUAAUUUCUGGUGGCCACAUACUCAGAGAUGACGUAAGGAAGGAGUUCUGCAACAAUGUUAUCUCGAUUGCCACUCAAAUGAGGGAUUUCAAGGAAACAAUAGCUUCUACAACGACAACCCAACAGGAUCCAGACAAUCCGUUCGCUACAAACAAGGUUAUAACCGCUGCAAAUACUGCUUCCGAUAUUUUCGGAUCUGGAUCGGCAAAUGCAGCUCCACAAGUGAAUAAAGUCACUGCAGCCAAUACAGAUGAUGAUAUCUUUGGAGAUUUGUCGACUCCGAAGCCUUCUCCGACCUCUUCUGUCGCAGUUUCUAUUUCAUUAUCAAAUACUCCGGCUCCUGCACCAGCACCAGUUGCCAAACCACCUCCAAGCACCAAUGACGCCUUCGAUCCGUUCUCUUCUAGCUUCAUUGGAGGUUCUAAACCAGCAAAUACAAAUAAUUCUCAGAAACCACCGACAAUUGACUUCUCCAUGGAUACAAAACCAUCGCAACCAAGUACUUCUGUAUUCGACAGGCCUUCAAAGCCAACAACAAGCUCUGGAAGUGGAAUUGCUGUUUUUGACAGUUCAAUGAGAAAAGUUGAAGACAAUCCAUUCGAUUUCUCAUCUUCUCCGACAAAUACUGCUUCAAACAACAGCCCUACAACUCCUGUUGCUGCUGGUUUCGGACCAAAUUCUAAGUCAAGUGCAAAAGACCUCUUUGGUGGGCCAUCAACAGCUCCACCACCACCUAAGAAUGAUUUCGGAGACUUUUCUUCCCAGCCAAAGCCACAAAAUUCCAAUAUCUCAUCCCAAAAAACAGAUUUCGAUGCUUUUGCAUCAACUCCGAAGCCACAGAACACAUUCAAUGCUGCUCCUAAGAAUGAUUUUGGUGAUUUCUCGCCAAAACCUUCUAAUCCAGCUCCGAAACAAAAUACAACAGAUUUCGAAGCAUUUGCUUCUUCAACCAAACCAAAGAAUGAAGCACCAAAGCCACAGACAUCAUUUGGAGACUUUUCCAAGCCACAAAAUACCUUUAAUUCGGUAAUUCCUUCUCCAAGACCUUCAAAUCCAUUUAAUGACGAUUUCGGAUCAUUCAACAAUAAACCUGCUGCACCAAGCUUCAACGCACAGCCUUCUCCAGGCUUUAAUCAGCCUCAAACAACCGGAUUUAACCAACAACCGAAGCAAAAAGCUCCAUUUUCAAGUGACGGUUUCAGUUACUCCGGCCAACCUGGCCAAGGAAACUUUGCUGGAACAUUUGAGUUCCCUUCUUCGAAUUCUGGCAAUUUUGAAGGAACAUUUGAUUUUCCUUCAAAUGCUGGUGGCUUUGGCAACCAGUCUUUCGAUUUUAGUAACAAUUCCCAGCAGAAACCUGCUCAAAACACAAAUAACACUAAUUUCUUCAAUUUCUAA